AUGAAAUGUAUGCGAAGCUAUGUGUUGCCAGAAAGUCAUAAUUUUUGGGCUUCCUCUUCUAAAAUUCAUCCAGCAACUUUAGUUACUAAUAUUAAGACAUAUGUGCCUAUUCAACUUGAUGAUCGUGGCACGAAUUUUAAUAUUUGGGUUACUCUGCUCAAACUCCAUUGUCGGGCUUACCUUGUGAACACUCAUAUUAUUCCCGAUGACUCUACUAAAUCGGUUACAAAAGAUUCGGAGUGGCAACUCUGUCAUGAUAUUGUUCGUACAUGGCUUUAUGGUACUAUUACUUCGACCCUUCUCAAAUCCGUUAUUCGUCCCGAUGAUAGUGCUCUUGAUGCUUGCAAUCAUCUUGAAAAUAAUUUUCAAAAUAAUAAGACCUCCUACAUUCUCCAUCUAGACUUAUUGAAUGAACUUGGAAAUCUUGCUCUUACCCUCAACAAUCUUUGCAAUACCAUCUCUGAUAAUCGUUUAGCUCUUCAAGUUCUUCAUGGUUUAAGUUCGGAUUAUCGUCCUUUUCAAUCUUUGGUCCAACAUAUGAAUCCCGUUCCAUCUUUUGAUACUCUUCGGUCUAUGUUGGAAUUGGAAGAGCACUCACACAAUAAAGACAUGUCUCCCUCUCAUGACUCAGCUCUUGUUAGUGCUCCGAAAUCUCUACCUUCUGAAAUUUUGGAAAAUUUUGAUAAUCGUGGCACCUAA